AGUCUGAGGGUGUAAUUAUGUCAUUUUCUCCUUAUUUUGCAGAGUCUUCCUGCGAGCAAUUAAUCAGUAUGCAGAUAUGCUCAACAAAAAAUUUCUGGAUCAGGCUAACUUCGAGCUACAGCUCUGGAACAAUUACUUCCACCUGGCUGUGGCCUUCCUUACUCAAGAGUCUUUACAACUGGAGAAUUUUUCAAGUGCCAAGAGAGCCAAAAUCCUCAACAAGUAUGGCGACAUGAGGAGACAGAUUGGUUUUGAAAUCAGGGACAUGUGGUACAACCUAGGUCAACACAAGAUCAAGUUCAUCCCCGAGAUGGUGGGCCCCAUCCUGGAGAUGACGCUGAUUCCAGAAACAGAGCUGCGAAAGGCCACCAUCCCCAUCUUCUUCGACAUGAUGCAGUGCGAAUUUCACUCGACCAGAAGCUUCCAAAUGUUCGAGAAUGAGAUCAUCACCAAGCUGGAUCACGAGGUGGAAGGCGGCCGAGGAGACGAGCAGUACAAAGUGUUAUUCGAUAAAAUCCUCCUGGAACACUGCAGGAAGCACAAAUAUCUUGCCAAAUCAGGAGAAACGUUUGUCAAACUCGUCGUUCGGCUGAUGGAGAGGCUGUUGGAUUAUCGAACCAUCAUGCAUGAUGAGAACAAGGAGAAUCGCAUGAGCUGCACCGUCAACGUGCUGAAUUUCUACAAAGAGAUCGAGAGGGAAGAAAUGUACAUAAGGUACCUGUACAAGCUGUGCGAUCUGCACAAGGAGUGCGACAACUACACCGAGGCGGCCUACACCCUGCUGCUGCACGCCAAGCUUCUCAAGUGGUCCGAGGAGGCGUGUGCCGCCCACCUCACUCAGCGCGAGGGGUACCAAGCGGCAACCCAAGGCCAGCUCAAAGACCAGCUGUACCAGGAAAUCAUCCACUACUUCGACAAGGGCAAGAUGUGGGAAGAGGCCAUCGCCCUGGGCAAAGAGCUCGCCGAGCAGUAUGAGAACGAGAUGUUUGAUUACGAACAGCUCAGCGAGCUGCUGAAAAAACAGGCCCAGUUUUAUGAAAGCAUCGUCAAGGUGAUAAGGCCCAAACCUGAUUAUUUUGCAGUCGGAUACUAUGGACAAGGAUUUCCCACAUUCUUGAGGGGCAAAGUUUUCAUUUACCGGGGAAAGGAAUACGAGCGCCGGGAGGACUUCGAGGCGAGGCUGCUGACCCAGUUUCCCAACGCCGAGAAAAUGAAGACGACGUCCCCCCCCGGAGAUGACAUUAAGAACUCGCCCUACCAGUACAUUCAGUGCUUCACCGUGAAGCCCAAACUCGACUUGCCACCCAAAUUCCACAGGCCUGUUUCUGAGCAAAUCUUGAGUUUCUAUCGGGUCAACGAGGUGCAGAGGUUUGAGUACUCGAGACCUAUCAGAAAAGGAGAGAAAAACCCCGAUAAUGAAUUUGCGAACAUGUGGAUCGAGAGGACCAUCUACACGACGGCCUAUAAGCUCCCCGGCAUCCUGCGCUGGUUCGAGGUCAAGUCCGUCUUCAUGGUGGAGAUCAGCCCUCUGGAGAACGCCAUCGAGACCAUGCACCUGACCAAUGACAAGAUCAACAGCCUGGUCCAGCAGCAUUCCGAUGACCCCAGCCUUCCCAUCAACCCCCUCUCCAUGCUGCUCAAUGGCAUCGUGGAUCCCGCCGUCAUGGGCGGCUUCACCAAUUACGAGAAGGCCUUCUUCACCGAGAGGUACAUGCAGGAGCACCCAGAGGACCACGACAAGAUUGAGAAGCUGAAGGACCUCAUCGCGUGGCAGAUCCCCUUCUUGGCGGAGGGCAUCCGCAUCCACGGAGAGAAAGUCACGGAGGCCCUGCGGCCCUUCCACGAGCGCAUGGAAGCCUGCUUCCGGCAGCUGAAGGAGAAGGUGGAGAAGCAAUAUGGCGCCAGGACCAUGCCGUCGGGGAUGGACGACAGACGGGGCAGCCGCCCGCGCUCCAUGGUGCGCUCCUUCACGAUGCCCUCGUCCUCCAGGCCCCUGUCGGUGGCUUCCGUCUCCUCCGUGUCCUCGGACAGCACCCCGUCCAGGCCCGGCUCCGACGGAUUUGUUUUGGAGCCCCUCCUGCCAAAGAAGAUGCAUUCGAGGUCCCAGGACAAAUUGGAUAAGGAUGACCUUGAUAAGGAGAAGAAGGACAAGAAGAAGGAGAAGAGGAACAGCAAGCACCAAGAGAUAUUUGAUAAAGAAUUUAAACCCGCUGAUCUUUCUCUGCAGCCCUCCGAGGCAGUGAUCCUCUCCGAAACGAUCAGCCCGCUGCGGCCGCAGAGGCCCAAGAGCCAAGUGAUCCUCGUGGGCGCCGAGCGGCGCUUCUCGGUGUCGCCGUCGCCUCCUCCCGUCACCCCCAGGGCCAAGCUGACCUUCAGCCUGCAGUCGGGGCUGGAGCUGAAUGGGAUGCCAAGCUUGGAAAUGGUGGACGUCCCCCCGCCUUUACCUUUGAAAGGCAGCACGGCAGACUACGGGAACCUCAUGGAAAACCCAGACGGGAUGAGCCCGACAACGCCGCCGCCGCCGCCGCCACCCCCACAUCACCGGAAUGUGCCUCCUCCGCUGCCGAGUAAGACGCCCCCCCCGCCCCCCCCGAAGACGACGCGCAAGCAGACUUCGGUGGACUCCGGGAUAGUGCAGUGAGCGCGGGGAGCGAGCGGGCCUUCUCCAAAGACCGCGCAGCGCCCCUUCCUCCCCAGAGGCCUCACAGGGCCCGCGUUCUGGCGAGCCAGGAAGAAAGCAGAUGGGCAGCCGCGGAGGGCCGGGGAGCACCGGGGAGCUCUUCCCCCACGACCCCCGGAAUGGUUCCCUUCACGGACCCUGGAGCUCCCCAGGGAGGCCUGGGCCUGGGCCCCAAGUGCCCUGGGACGUCCUCCCGGCCCGCCUCCCCAGCGCGCCCCCUCUAGGCCUGGUGAGCAGCAUCCACGCAGCAGGCUCUUCCUGCGGGGGCCCAUCAGUCCCAGCUCUUCAGGACGGGGACGUUUUUUCUUCCUUUGCGUCCCGCCACGUCUUCCUUCUGUACAGAAGCGUGUAUAUAUGAGGCGAGGAGGGUGCGUCCACGUGUCCAGCCCGCUCCAUGGCCGCGUUUCACUGCUAAAAUGGACAAAAACUCAUUGGAGGGUUUGGACGUAGAUCCGCCAACUGACUAACUGGGAUUCCCUCCUUUGUAUUCUGCCAGCUGCUGUUUACUUGCCGCAAUCAUUAUGCUCUUGCGUAGAUGUUGUCGAUGUGUCACUGACUCCCCAGAAUAAAACAUUCUUUAAAAAGUC